GACAAACCACUCAUUGCAUGGGUCGGACACGGCGAUCGGAAAGGAUAUCGGGACGAAUACCUAAGCGAGGAUAUACGAAUGGAGGGUCGCGGACAAGCUGCAGCGUAUCCGUGCGCCUGCAAGAGCGGUAAUUCGAGAGAGUACCGUUGCGAAAGCUGCGGAGGGCGUCAAAUGACAUGCAAGGAGUGCUGCGUAACCGCCCAUCAACACACGUCACUGCACUUCAUCCAGAAAUGGAACGGGUCGUUUUUCGAGCGCGUUUCUCUGAAGUCUCUCGGUCUCAGAGUUUCUAUGAGCCACGAGGACGGUUCCAGAUGUGUACUUCGGCAGCCUGGACAUGCAGAGUUCGUCGUCAUUCAUACGAACGGAAUCCACCAUGUCUCCAUCGAUUUCUGCGGCUGUGAUAAGAAAAUUCCUUACCGGCAGCAGCUACUACGGUAUGGAUGGCACCCUUCAACCAUCGAUACACCGGAAACAGCAUGUACGAAAGAGGCUCUGGCUCAAUAUUCUGCCCUCAUGUCACGAACCAAAGUGUCGGCGCACGGAUACUAUCAGGCGCUCGAGACGCUAUCAGAUCCUCUUGGUCUUGAUGUCCCAACGAGUCAUUAUAAAGCAUUUCUCCGCAUCAUACGCCAGUAUGAGUACAUCCGUAUCAUGAAAGAGGCGGGACGCGGUAAUGUUAUCAAUGGGAUAGAUACAACCCGCGCCGGCGAGCUUGCUGUAGCCUGUCCUGCCUGUCCCCAUCCCGGGAUCAAUCUUCCGGAAGGAUGGGAGAACGCCGAUUUGUCUCAAAAAUUUUUGUACUGUCUUUUCCUUGCGAUGGACGCCAACUUUCGGCUUGAAAGCCGUGAUCGGGGCCGAUCAGUCUCGGACACAGAGCUGCUCGAUGGCCUGGCGUACUUCGUGAAGACAGAGCCGUACAUGAAACAUGUUCGACAAUACGAAAAACAGAAAGACACUUCAUCGUGUAGUAGCUUUCGUGCGAUAUCGACCGUAAACAGCAAGAGUGCCAAAGGACUGCAAGCCACCGGCGUCGGGAUGGUUAUGUGUGCUCGCCACGAAUUUAUCAUGCCUUUGGGUGUUGGCGAUUUACAAGGAGGCGAACGUAACUGCAACAUAGAUUAUCUGUUCUUCUCGGUGUAUGCACCACUCAUCCUCCUCCUCGUCGUAAUAUCGUACGAUAUCGCUUGCCAGUGGAAAAUCAAUCUAUUCAAACGGAUGGACACCCUACCGCCUCAGUUGCAGGUGUCACUACUGGCAGUCGCUCAUAUUCUGAUGUUUGGUGUUCCUAAGUUUCACGCUCCCGGCCAUAACGAGAGAUGUGCUAUGCAGCACUCUCUCAACCUGAUGAAGGGCGUCGGACGUACCGAUGGCGAGGGCAUCGAACGUGGAUGGGCCAAAUUUAAUCUCGCUAGCAACAGCACCAAGGAGAUGACGUUGGGAUUUCGUCACGAUACGCUGAACCUCUUAUUUACCUGGCAUAACCUGCGAAAGUUCUACAACAUGGGCACGACUCUCCAGCGUCGACUACUUCUAGCGGUCGAAGCCCAUGCAGCUCAUAGAGACGCUCUACUUGUCUUCGACGACUCGAUCAGUGCAUCUGUACGCGACGCUUGGAACACGAUGAAGGUCGCUUGGGAAAGCGACAAGAAAAAGCCAAACCCUUACAGCGCCACUCGAAAGAGUAUUUCAGAAGUUGAUGUUCGCGCGCAGCUCACAGAGGCAGAGAAACAUAUACCAUUUUUGCCACAUGACAUUUCCCCCAGUAUUUUCGUCAAAUUGGCCAUAGAUCUCGAAGAAAAACAACGUCGCAUCCGCACGGAUGUACGACGCGUCAAAGAGUUGACGGCGGAAGAACGUGCUCAGCUGGAGCAGCGUCGUUCAAAUCUACAUCGUGAUGUUGUCAAAUUCCGCGAAAUACAGAUUAUCUACAUGCCCGGCAUCAACGCACUAAUGGCUACAAAGGAUAACAAUGCAGACACCAAAGUGGAAGACGAGAAACUGUGGCUCGCAUCCGAAUUGGACGAAACAGAACGAAAAAUAUGUACUCACAACGUCGAUCAAGUCGAAUUGAAGCUCCGAGAAGCGCAGUGCCAUUCUACGCUCGAUAAGAUCCGCGGGAUGGUGCAAACGAGGUAUCAUUUUACCACGUACCGUAACCUCAACAUACGGGGACAGAGGGAAACCACCCGAGCGUACAAGCUUGUCCACGACUAUAACCGUAGAAUCGACGCCGAGAAAAUCAAGUACCAGGAGGCAUACAAGGCGUUGCUUGCUCUGAGUGGUCCAAAUGGGCCGGCGCGGGGAUUGCAGACGCUCACGACCAAUGACAUUCGGGCGCUUUGUGAACCCCUGAUCCAAGCUGACACGCCCAGACGACGACAGCGAGAUAUGCAGAAAGGUCUAGGCGAGGGGUACCGUACAGUAUCCUGGAUAUGGACGACGCGAGGACCCAUUGACCCGGACUGGGAAAGCGGCCAGGAAUCAGAUGAAGACCUGCGAAUUGAAUGGCUCAAAGCCUGCGCGCGGAAAACCCGAUGGGAGGAAGAGGUCGCCUUGUUGAAGGAGGAGAUGCGGCGUGUGCGUGCGUUUCUCGAGUACAGGGCGGGCUGGUGGGAGAGCCACGCGAUGCUCGGGUCGCCAGAUGCAGACGCAGGGGUGUUGUCCCGACAAGCAAUCGCGGAAGGCGUGCGUGCGCACGCACUGCGUCAAGCGCACCAGCAGCGUCGAUUGCAGGCCGAGUUCACACGGCUGUGGGAGCGG